AGUUAGACAGGCUCACUGUCUACAGUGAAUCACAUGGAUGCCACAGACCGUUAUCUUCUGUAAAUCUGCGAGCUUGUCUGAAGAGAAAAGUGAGCGAAACUUCUGGUCUCUCCUUCCUCAGGUGUGGCGCUUCAUGACCAUAUGAGGAAGUCGGAUCGGGACGCACCUGUGAGCUGACGUCACACUGAGCGUACCUGAAUCAGCUCGCGGAACUGAUCGCAUUCAGACGCUGAAACUACUUACAGAGUACAGAAGGGGAGACGCUUCGCACCGGAAUACAAAGAAAGUUGGUUUUUCUACGAGAAGGAUUUUAUAAGAGGCUUCAAACACAAAUGGGGACCGCCUGGUUUGCGGUUUUGGGAGUUUUAUUCGUCAUUUUCCAGGCCGUGGUUGCAGAGGAGUCAUCAUGUACGCCUGGAUUUGAGUCAGAGCUGUUAAUAUUUAAAGUGACCAGAAAACACCUGAAGCAAGGCACACGAUUGGGCAAAGUUGGCUUCAGUGACUGCACGGACCGCACCAGAUUUCUUUUCACCACAGAUGACAGCCGCUUUGUGGUCCAAACAGAUGGGGUAGUAACGGUAAAGAGACAAGUUGUCCUUCAUGAGGGUUACCGGGACUUCUUCAUCCACUCCUGGGACUCACAGGGUCAGAAGUUGACUGUACCCGCCAUGGUGCUGUAUGAUAGACAUCAUCAUGGGAAUAACCAUCCAAAUACUGAGCAUCACCAAAACAUCCAGCUUCAUGAUCAGAUUGAGAUGGACUCUGCCACUAAACAGGUAGUUCCACAGGUUCCCAUUCUGUAUUUCCCAAAAUCUAAUCCAGGACUAAAGAGGAGGAAGAGAGCCUGGUCUAUCCCUCCCAUUGGUUUUCCUGAGAAUUUCAGAGGACCUUAUCCCCAUUCUCUUGCUCAGAUUCGCUCUGAUGAAGAUAAAGUGAAGAAGAUCCAUUACAGCAUCACUGGACCUGGAGCAGAUCAGCCUCCUAAGGGUCUUUUCACCAUGGAUAGAGUCACUGGUCAUCUGUAUGUGACACAGGAACUGGACAGAGAGAAACGGGACAAGUACAUGCUUCAAGCUUUUGCCAAGACAGAGGGUGGUGCAAAUGCAGAGGAGCCUACGGAUAUUUUGAUCAAUGUAAUUGACCAGAAUGACAACAAACCUGUUUUCAAUCAGUCUACCUAUAAGGGAGAAGUUCCAGAGGCCUCAGAAAAAGCUUUUGACGUGAUUCAGGUUGUGGCCACAGAUGCUGAUGAGCCAAAUACUGACAACUCUGAUAUCAGGUACCGUAUAAUGAGUCAGAAGCCAGAGGAUCCCAGUCCCAACAUGUUUACCAUCAAUCCAACAACUGGAGUCAUCAGAGUCAACGAAGCUGGACUGGACCGAGAGAAAGUCCCAAAGUAUGAACUGGAAGUAAUGGUAGCUGACAACAAAGGAGAAGGUUUGACUGGAUUUACCAAAGUGAUUAUCAGAGUGACGGACAGCAACGAUCACGCUCCAGUCUUUACAGAGUCCAGAUAUGAGGCCACAGUUGAAGAGAAUAAAGUAGACGCUCUAGUUGUUAAGAUGUUGGUGACGGACGGUGAUGAGCCUCAUAGCAUGGCCUGGAAUGCAAAGUUCAGCAUCAUUGAUGGAGAUCCAGGAAAUCUGUUUACUGUGGAAACAGGAACAAACAAACAAGAAGGAAUCAUCACUACUGCUAAGGGUCUGGACUUUGAGAGAACCAGUAAGCACACUCUACUGGUCACAGUGGAGAAUGAGGCUCCUUUUGCUGUCCCCUUGGUCACUUCCACUGCUACAGUGGUGGUGACUGUGGAGGAUGUCAAUGAACCUCCCAUCUUUGAUCCUAAAGAGAAGCAUGUUUCUAAACGUGAGGAUCUUGCUGAGAACAGCACUGUGGUGCGAUACAUAGCUACUGAUCCAGACGUUGGACGCAAACAGAAAGUCAUGUAUAAAAUACUCGAUGACCCAGCUGGCUGGCUUGUCAUUGAUAAGGGUACUGGUGAGAUAAAAGUGAGAAACAAAAUGGACAGAGAAGAUAAUGCUGUCAAAGAGAAUAAAUACACAGCAUUGAUUGGUGCAUAUGAUGAUGAUGAUCAGAUCCCAGCUACAGGAACUGGAACUCUGAUCAUUACACUUGAGGACGUCAACGACAACCCCCCCUCCGUUGACGAUCGUUUAGUUAAAAUGUGUAACAAGAAGCCAGUUACUCAGCUGCUAAGUGUAACAGAUAAAGAUGGACCAGGCUUUACUUUUCCAUACAGCGUCGUCUUACAGGACUCUGCUAAGACUAACUGGACCGCUAGGAUGAACGACAACAAAACUGGUAUUGUUCUGACUUUGACACGUGAGCUGGAGAGUGGAACUUACAAAGUGGGCAUGAAGGUUUCAGACAACCAGGGCCUGUUUCAGCUCAACACAAUCGAAGCUGAAGUGUGUGACUGCACUGGAGAAGAAGUGAGGUGCAUAGAGAAAGUUAUUGCUGGCUCCAGCAUGCCAGUCAUCCUGGGAAUACUCGGUGGUGUCCUCCUGCUACUUAUGCUGGUCCUGCUGCUGCUACUGUUGGCAAAUAAAAACAAGCCAAAGAAGGGACAACCUUUGCUCCUAGAUAACGACAUCAGAGACGACAUCUUUUGUUAUGAUGAGGAGGGAGGCGGAGAGGAGGACCAGGACUACUUUGAUCUGGGUGUUCUCCACCGUGGUUUGGACAACCGUCCCCAUGUGUUCAGGGAUGAAGUGGCUCCAGUUUUUCAGACACGGCCUGUUGUGUAUAAACCUCGACCCGCCAACCCAGAAGAUAUCGGCGGCUUCAUUGAUGAUAACCUAAAGGCGGCAGAUAACGACCCGACUGCUCCCCCCUACGACUCCCUGCUGGUGUUUGAUUAUGAAGGAGGCGGUUCUGAAGCUGGAAGCAUUUCGUCUCUGAACUCGUCAAGCGAUGGAGAUCAGGACUAUGACUGCCUCAGCGACUGGGGGCCUCGCUUCAAGAAACUGGCCGACAUGUACGGAGGAGGAGAUGAUGACAUGAUGUGAAUGUACCAGUACUGAGGAAAAGUAGCUGCAUGAGUUUAAGUGUGCUGGAGUAACGACAUCCGUGAGAUGUUAGUUUGUGAAUUUUAGUUCAUGCCCAUUGGCAGUUGAGCCACUGGAGAGUUUGGUUUUAUGAAUUUUCCCCAUUAGAGAAGUUUUUGAGCCUUUUGUUUUUGUUUUUUGUUUUUUUAGGCUGGCCAGAAAUGUUUUAUUUGUAGCUUACUGGUAUAGUGGUCUCAUACACUGAACGAUUUGCAUCAUCACUGGUUUUAAAAAAAGCUAGUGUGAAGCUGGUAAAAUAAGGUACUUUUGAUCUUUUUUGUAUUCUGUUUUUAUAUUUUUGUUUCAAGGAUAGAUUAGAAACAUUUCAGAAAUCAUAUGAAAUCCUUUUAGCCAGGGAAAGCAGAGUCGACCUCUGGACGACAUUUGAGUUGAUAAUAAAUGCUUCUUGUACUGCUUUACUAAA